GGUGCUACGUCCGCGGUCGGGUGGGCAAUGCAUCGUUGUUAUCGUGUUUGUUGGUAGACUGCAGAGAGGUUUACGGCGUAUCGUAUAGUAUACAUCAAUUUAAAUAGGCCUACAUGCAAUGGAGGGUAAUAUUCGUUCCAUUUUAGAUGAUCCAGAUUACUACGCGAUAAUCUAUAAAAUUAUGAAGAGGGAAAUGUUACCAGUAUCAAAAUGGACAGAUGAAUUAUUUAACAACCGAAUUGCUGCAAAGUUAAGUGUACAAAAUAGAGACCUGAAAUUUUUAGGAGUUGGUAGUGGUUCCGGUGAAGUUGAGUUAAUGAAUACGUUACAGCUGCUAAAGAAGUUUCCAAAGAUAUCAAUCACCGCAAUAGAGCCUGCAAAGGACCACAUUGAUGAAUACAAGGAAUUGGUUAAAAAGGAAUCUAGUAAGGUAGAGGGCGUUUCGUAUAGCUGGAGGCAACAGACUCUAAAUGAAUAUCGUGAUGAAGUCGGGACCACUAAGAAGUAUGAUGUCAUAGUUGCUAUUAACAGCGCAUAUUACUUUGAUGAUAUUGAAGAUACGUUAAUGUAUAUGCAUGACAUCCUGGAAGAAGGUGGAAUUCUGCUCCUUGUAUUAGCGUCAGAAAAUGGCGUUUCUUACAGGAUAUGGAGUCGGUUCUCUGCAUUUUACAAAGAUUUUUCUUUCAAAAAAAUCUGUUCAGUUCAGCUAACGGACGUUUUAAAAAAUCUAAAUUUGGAUUACGAGACAGCCCGCAUGCGCAGUGGUGUCAAUGUCACGGAAUGCUUUAAAGACAGUUCACAAGAGGGACAACAUUUGAUUGACUUCCUGAGUCACGUGGUACAUCUACGUGAAAGCGUGUCAUCAGAUUUCUAUACAGAAUUCAUUUCAUUUCUGAAAGAUUCUAGUAAUACAAACGGCAGCGACGAUACGAGUUUGUUUAUGCAAACUGAACAAGAAGCAAUUUUUGUUCAAAAGUAAUAGGGCUAAUAAUAAUAAUAAUAAUAAUAAUAAUAAUAAUAGAAAUAAUAAUAAUAACAAUUGCACAUUGUCUACUGAGGUCAAUUAACAAUACUAUUAUAUAUUAUUAAAUAUAUUGUAAGAUAACGA